AUGUCGUACGACCUCCAGGAAUCACUCAUAUUGUAUCUCAAGGGCCCAAAGUUCCGAAGAUAUAUCCCCGACUGGAUAGUAACGACGAUUUUGCUCGCGUAUUUCUUUGUCGUGGCAGAGUAUGCCCGGCCUUUUAGUCGCCAAUUCUCGUUAUCUGACUUGACAUUAUCGCACCCUCACGCCACUGUCGAAAGGGUAUCGGGCCCUCAGUGCAUCGCGUUGGCAUCAAUACUCCCUUCGUUGGUGAUUGUCAUAGCCACUUUUUUGAAGCACCGUAAUCUGCGAAAUAGCAAGAACGGAGAGGAGCAAAUCUUUCAUAAUGUUCAAGUUGCCGUUUUGGGGUUGGCCGUGGCGAUCAGCUCAACGGGGAUAGUCACGGAUAUCUUCAAGAACUGGAUUGCCAGACCCAGGCCCGAUUUCUUGGCUAGAUGUGGCGCUCCACCGGAAACACCCGUGGACCGGCAAGUUGAUAUUAGUGUUUGCACGGCCCCCUACGGCGCUGACGUGCUUCUCGAUGGGCUCAGAUCCACUCCAUCGGGACACUCCUCCAUCAGCUUUGUCGCGUUUCUGUACUUGACGCUUUGGCUCGCUGGACAAUUCCAGUUGUUGAGGAAGCCGCCGCAACUUUUAUACAAGUACGUAUUGACGGCGUUACCACUAUUGGUGGCCUUGUAUAUUUCCUUGAGUCGAGCCCAAGACUACAGGCAUCAUUUCUACGACAUCAUUUUGGGCUCGUGUUUGGGAUGCUGCUUUGCAUGGAUGGUGUUUCAUCACUACUGGGAGGACUUGCGUGGUGAAGAUUGUACCCAGCCUAGAAGCCGGGAAACAGAUGAUGGCAUUGCCAUAUUGCCGGUCUAA